AUGGCUCAGGACUCGUCAUAUUCCUUCCCUUACUCUCAAGCCGCACGUCUUGAUGCUCGAAUCAAGAUCCCGCGCCCCAUCAUUGAUCCCACGCUCGCGCCUCUUGUCGAUGCAUUUCUGCUUCCUGAAGAGCUCGAUAUCGACUUUAUGCGCGGCAUGGCAGCUGGCGGAGGCGACGAGGCGUUCAUCUGCAACGCAGACACCAUCCUCAAGGGGGCACCGCACCUCAAACACACGGAGCAUUCGGUUUCCGGGCCUGAUGGCAACGGUGUCGUCCUGUCCGUAUUUGCGCCCAAGGAGCCAGCGUCGGCUACGCUGCCUGCUUUGUACCACAUGCAUGGCGGCGGCAUGGUCUCGGGCGACCGUUUUACCGGCGUAACGGAGCUGUUGCAUCUCCUGCAGGGAAUCGAGUGCGUUGUUGUCUCGGUAGAGUACCGCCUCGCGCCAGAGACUCGCGCCCCGGGGCCAGCGGAGGAUUGCUACGCUGGGCUGGUCUGGACGUCUGAGAACGCCGCCAGCUUGGGCAUCGACCCAGCCGGCAUUGUUGUCUGGGGCGUCUCCGGCGGUGCGGCCCUGGCCGCGGCGACAUGCCUCAUGGCCCGGGACAGGAAGUCUCCCGCGAUCCCCGUCAAGGCCCAGAUGCUGCUGUCACCGAUGCUGGACGACCGGUGCGAGAGCGUCUCGGACCAGCAGUUCGAAUUCGGCAGCCCAUGGUGCGGCGUAUCGAACCGCAGGGCGUGGGACCAUGCCAUCGGAGACGACAGGGGGACCGGCAAGGUGACGCCGUACCAGUCCCCCUCGCGCGCAGAGGAUCUGUCGAACCUGCCGCCCACCUACAUCGACGCUGCCGAGUGCGAAGUCCUCCGCGACCCUGCUGUCUCGUACGCAAUGAGGAUGUGGCGCUGCGGCUCGACUUGCGAGUUGCACGUCUGGCCGGGAGCGGUCCAUCUGUUCGAUGGAGUGGAUAACCCUGAUGUGCCUCUUAUCCACGCUGCCAUAGUCGCAAAACAGACCUGGCUUGGGAGGAUUAUGCUUUGA